UAAGUGCGAGAGGGUCGCGGAGGAGAACAGCGGAGGUUAUGUCAGACUGUCAGGUUACGUGGAAUCGGUGACGUUUCUAGUGUCUGUCUGGUCUAGCCAUAUCAAAACCGCGUUUCCCUUCCCCGACUCUUCUGUUUCUCUCUGUGGAGUGUGGACAGCUCUCAUGCAUCAGUACUGAAUCAACGCAGCAGCGCCUGCGCUCGACAACACAAAGACAAAAAAAAAGAUAAAAGCGAAUGGAGAAGUGUCCAGCAGGACAUUAGUGAUUCAACGGUGUUAAAUUUCACCGACCAGCGAGGAACGAGACACCACGUGCUGCUGCGCUGUCAUCAGUACAGUGCAAUGUGAGAAGAAGAACUGCCUUCAGUCGUUAAUCGUUAUCAAUCCACAAACACACCUUAUCAACCAGAGUAGGAGAGCUCAUUAGCAGCAUCUGAAAAGUGGAGGAAUCAUGGCACUUGUUUACAUCGAUGGCAAUGAUCCAUGGCUACUCGAGUACGAGGUCUGCGAUAACUUGUACAGGGAGAUUAUGGAACAGCUGACGCUGAGGGACAGAGAGCCUAGAACUUCUCAAGCAUUUGCCAGUCUCUCUGCCAAUAUCAGACUGAGGCUCAAGCAGUACAGCAGCCAAGUUAGAGAGCUCAAGAGUAAAAUCAAUGAUGAUGUCAGGCAACACUCCAUAACAGUGGAAGAAGCAGAACGUAGAACGAGACAAGUAGAGCAACUACAAAGUAAAGAUAUACAGAUCCAGCGACUGUACGAAACAAAAACGAACGACCUGGCGCUGUCUAGGGCAAGGCUACUUGGCCCCACAACAUCAGCAUUUGCAGAUGGGGGUACUACAAGCUGGGGAAUCGACGAUGAAGAGGACGAAAAACUUAUCGACGUUAACGUCACUGUUGAAGAUCUUAAGAGCCAGAAGCAGCAGUUGCUUCAGGAGCAAGAGCAGGGAUUGGAACAGUUAUCCAAAAUAAUUUCGAGGCAAAAACAGAUUGCGCAAGCUAUACACUCUGAAGUGGAUAAUCAUAACGAAAUAAUCGACGAUUUAGCAGACCAUAUAGACAGGACAGAUGAGCGGCUGAUAGACGGAACUCGCCAAGUUCGAACGAUCUCUCAUAAAGAUAGAAUCUGGCCUUACUGGGUUUUCAUCAUACUGCUCUUUAUUGUCAUUAUCGCUGUCGCGCUGGCUUGAUAAGUUUUUGUACAAUACCUUUACACAUGCGUGUAUUUGUAAGUUGAAAAAUUUUUACUCCCAUUAAGUUAGGUUCAUGAAUACGAUUUUUUUUUGUGCUACAUUUUAGUUUAAUACUGCGUUGUGUAUCUGUGAUGAUAGGUUUUUGCGCGUAAAAUUUUGUACAUACGGACGUAGCUACUAACGGUUAUGUAGUAUUUUUUGGGUAAUAUACUUGUAUAUCUCUGCUUGACUAUUAUUAGGGAAUCAAUCUUAGAAGUGUAACAGAGAAAACAAUCAUGUAUGCAAUACAAUUAGAAAUUAUUCAACGAGGAACAAGCUGUAACAAGUAUUACUAAUUUCGUCAACUUUGCGUGUUUGUUUUGUUCAAUCGGAGGUUCGACAAGCGAAACAAUAAAAUUUUGUAAAAAUUUAUCAUUAAAAAAUCAGAAAACAUAAUUUUAUCAACAUAAGAUUUUUAUUGACCUAAGAGAUGUUUUUUAAAACUAUUCAGGGAAAGCGGAAUAGAAGGAAUAUUUUCUGCAAGAAUUAAAACCACUGAUAAUACCUAUAAGUUUCAUAUUUACAAAUUUAUAAUCUUACAUAAAUUAAUCGACAACUUUUAGCGUGUUUACGCACGGUAAUCUUAACAUUCUUUAAGCUGCUUUAUCUUCAGUUCUCUCUACUGUCUCUUCAUCGUGAGUAUGCAACAACGGGUUCUUAUGCGUAAAAUAUCUUUGCAAAUACAAAUAUAUAACUACUGUUUUAUCUCUCAUCGCUCAAUUUUUCUUUAAUCCCAUCCGCACUAAUAUAACGAAAAAAAAUCAAAUGUAACUUGGUUUCUCUCUGCUGAAAAAAUCACG